UGCACAGCACACAUCGUCCUCAGUUCGCGUUUAUACUGCGCCCUCUCCCCCCCCCCCCCCCCUCCCAACAUUUUUUUUUUCCUUCUUCUUCACACAGGAAAACAAAUAAGACAAUCUGUACAACACAGUCGCCUCGGCUCCCCCAUACAAACUGUACUAUUAACACACCGACGCUCCCCGGAGUAGUCGACCGCCUCAUCCAUGCAUUGGAGCCCCGGGCCCCAGCGCACCGGCUCCGGCUCCAGCCAUGUCGGCCAGGAAUGCAGCGGCUGGCGGCGGUGACAGAGCGGGAGACGAACCGGCAGAAAAUGUGCUGGUUGAGGAAAACCAAUGCAGUUCUAUGUCUUUGACCAGCCUGAUGACCCCAUCCUCAGCUGCAGGGAUGUCCUUUAGCAUGGAGAUGCCCCGGAAGCGCAAGGGCAGCAUGGACAACCAGGAUAGAAAAACUGCUUCCACCCCUGACGCAGAUAUGGAAGACGACCAAAACGGGUCAGAUGGAGAGGACCAACACGUCAAAAUUAAAUGCUUCAGGGAACCGCACAGCCAAAUUGAGAAGAGGAGACGGGACAAAAUGAACAAUCUCAUUGACAAACUAUCAGCCAUGAUCCCUACUUGUAACCCCAUGUCCCGAAAGCUGGACAAACUCACUGUGCUCAGAAUGGCUGUGCAGCACCUCAAAUCUCUCAAAGGUUCAGGAAGUUCUUUUUCUGAAGCCAGCUACAAACCAUCAUUCCUUCCUGACGAGGAGCUCAAACACCUCAUCCUCAAGGCUGCAGAUGGGUUCCUGUUUGUAGUGGGCUGUGAUCGUGGGAAAAUAGUUUUUGUCUCAGAGUCCAUCACGAAGAUAUUAAAUUAUAGUCGGGCGGAGCUGAUUGGACAGAGUCUGUUUGAUUACAUACACCCAAAGGACAUGGGAAAAGUGAAGGAGCAGCUCUCAGCUUCUGAAUUAUACCCUCGUGAACGGCUCAUAGAUGCUAAAACCGGUCUGCAGGUCCAGGCUGACCUCCCAGUCGGUGCAGCACGGCUGUGUUCGGGCGCUCGGCGCUCAUUCUUCUGCCGCAUGAAGUACAAUAAAAUUUCUGUCAAAGUGGAGGAGAAGGAAUUCCAAGCCAGCACCUCCAAAAAGAAAGAGUCGCAGAAGUACUGCACAGUCCACUGUACAGGAUACAUGCGCAGCUGGCCCACCAGCCAGUUGGAAGCAGAGGGGGAAGGCGAGGCAGACAAGCUGGAUAGCUCCCACUUCAGCUGCCUGGUGGCGAUGGGACGUGUCCACUCCCACUCAUCUCCUCAGGUUAAUGGAGAAGUCCGAGUGAAACCCACAGAGUUCAUCACGCGCUAUGCCAUGGAUGGCAAAUUCACCUUUGUCGAUCAAAGGGCUACAACCAUUCUUGGUUAUCUUCCCCAAGAACUGCUUGGGACAUCGUGCUAUGAGUACUUCCAUCAAGACGACUUACCGCAUUUAGCUGACAGACAUCGAAAAGUGCUGCGGAGUAAAGAAAAGAUAGAGACAAAUUGCUACAAGUUCAAAACAAAACAUGGCUCUUUUGUCACCCUGCAAAGUCAGUGGUUUAGUUUUGUAAAUCCCUGGACCAAAGAAGUAGAAUACAUAGUGUCAACUAACACAGUUAUAUCACAUGAACACAGUCGAACCAGUCGGUCAGGAAACAAGUCUGAACAAUCGAGCAAUUCCAAGACUUCUGAAGAAGAUGGCAAGAAGUCCCUUCCAAUUAUACCAGGCAUCACCACACCUGGAGCUAUGAUUUAUCCUGUAAGCAUUGGGACCCAGAUUGCCAAUGAGCUGCUGGAUUUCAACAGGAUGAACUCAUCACCCUCCAGUGGUAGCGUCAGCCCUUUCAGUCUACCACAGGACAAGUGUCAACCAACUCACAAUCAAAUCAGCAACAAUGUGCCAAAUGGAGAGGCAACAGACAUGGAGAUUCCAGGAAAGUCCAGCUCAGAGGAUGAGCCACAAGGAGCUGCAUUCUCAGGAGGAGAAACACUCAUGGGUGAGAAUUCCCAGCUGGAUUUGGACAGCGUGGUCGGACCGGGCCUCAGCAGUCUUAGCAACGAUGAAGCAGCCAUGGCAGUGAUCAUGAGCCUCCUGGAGACCGACACAAACUUGGGCGAGGCUGUGGACUUUGAAGAGAUGCACUGGUCUUUAUAGAAUCUGCUCUUACAGUGUGAAGCUGGAGAACACUGAAAAACACUUGGACCAUCAGUUUUUAUGAUGCCGAGAACAGCUUGAAUGCUUAAUCUAAGAUGCAGCAUUCCUUUUUAAGGACUUUUUUUUUUCUAUUUAUUAGUAACCUUUUUACACAUAAGCUGUGUAGUCUUCGUGUGGCUGCUCUAACAGGGAGCGAGAUCGACGACAAUACGGGACACCCUGCUUCCCCUCUUCAGAAGGAGGAUGUGCCUCUAACGCCUUACAGCAGUCUGCGUGCCCUAAAACGCUCUUCCUCACUGCUUUCCUCACAUCAACUAUCAUCCUCUGUUUAACUGAAGAGGCCUCAUAGGUUGAAGAACCCAUGAAUAAACAUUACAGUGACAUGAUGUACAAUGGCUCGGGGUUCCUGCUUAUAUUUCUCUUCUCCACCCACAUUUGAACAAAGGUUGGGAGUGACGAUGCAAAAAAAAUGAAAAAGAAAUUGCACUGAAUCGAUUUCAUGUUUUUUGGGUUUUUUUUAAAGGUUGUAAUUUGAUUAGGUACUGUAUGUUUAAUUAAAAUGCAAGGAAGACCUUGACAACCUGGCCCAUCUCUGUGACCCCCUCAGGAUCCAAGCCGUAGGUAGCCAGUGUACCACGGCGGACCACACUUCCAUCACCUCUAACUUUGAGAGUCACCUAAUGAUGUGCCACUCAGAGAUUUUCUCUUAACUUGUCAGUAUCUGAACAUUUUCCAUGGAAACAGUCCAGUAACCUCCUCUCUUGUACACUUGAACAUAUACUGUCUAUGUGUGGAUUUGGUAUGAUUGCAAACACCGUGUGUUCAGGCCAUAUCUGUCUUAAAGGGAUAGUUUGCAUAGGAAGAAUAUUUAAUGUUUUUAGUAUGUACACUUUUAUAUACGUCUAGCCCCCAAUGUUGGCUGCCCUGGAUUUUAUAUUUUUUUUCCCCCUGAGCAAACAUUUAACAUUUCCUGGCAGAAAUGACCCCCCCCCCCACACACACACACACACACACACGUUUGUUGGCGAGUGGCCAGUUUUGGCAGUUGACCUUUGAUUUCUGAUCACUACAGUACUACUUCAUGCAAAAUGAAAUGGCACUUUAGAGGUGCUGAAAUUGAGGUUUGGUAGCAACGGCUGAGCAGCAAACCCAUUUCACAUCUGUGACGUUUUAUCAACACAUGUUUGAGGUUGAUCUCGCGUGUCUGAUGGUAGAAGUGCUAACUCAGGGAGUGACGGAAACAGAGCCGCCCCAUUUUAACAUACGAUGACACAGUUCUCAGUAACUGUGGCAGUAUUUUGUCCUCCUGCUUCCUUACUUUCUGUACACGUGUGGGUCAUGUCUCGUGAUAAGUCUGUACUUACUCACCUGUGUGUCUGUGUUCUUACACUUAUUGUCAGCUUUAUAAUCUUGCAGGUAAGCCAUAGCUUCAGAUGUUUUUUUUGUCCUAUUAUGCACUGACAUUCUUUCAGACAUGUUUUAUGUUGCUUGUCAGAGGCACAAUACAUUGUCAUGCAUACUUUUAUUAAGACAUUAUGCUAUGCAGAGCUAUUAUUUCAUGAAUUCUAAAUUUUAAUGUAUGUUUUUUUCUCUGAACAUUGAAAUUCUCACUUCCAUCUCAUGCAUUACUCAAGAAACCCCAUUUGGGUGAGAUCUUGAAUGAGUUGUAUGGAUUCCUUUGUGAUUUACCUCAUGUAGAGUUUGUUUUCCCCCAAUGCUUACAAGCGCAUAUCUUGAAUUUUUACUAACACAGCAUUGAUAGCUAUGGUGACGUUAGUGAUCCACUGCUAGAUGUCGUUGUGGGUCAAUAUAAAGUGAAAUUUAGGAUUAUCAAAGUAUGUCCGAUUAUUGUCACACAGUGAUUCUUAAAAAGACUGGCAGUUUAAGCUUUUGCAGAUCCCAAAUCAUACUGAAUGUUAUGUUUUUACACACGUGUUGAGUUUAAGAGAAUUAUUGUAUUGACUUGUUUAAAAAAGAUUCAUCACUUAGCCUUUUUCAUAUUAUAAGAAUUUGAAAAGGUUCUGAAAUCCAGCUAAAUUGGGACACUGAUUUUGUGCUUAUUGUUCACUGUUGUGUUACAUUUAUCAAAUCUUUUACCUGAAUAAUUUUGAGUUAUGUACAUUGCUGGAGUCUCAUAGGGAAUGCAAUGAAAAGAGUCAAAGUCAGUAUAUGUUAACUUAAUUUGUAUUAAUACGUUUUGUCAAAGGUGUUUGGACUGUGUAUCUGUAUCUUACCCUCAGUCAUUAGUACCUGAACCAAUCAGUCAAAACAUCAGCGGUUGUAUCGCUGCCCAAAUGUACAAUAUAUGGAACUGUAGCUGUUAUGCCUUGCCAUUGUUCAUAUUGUUAUCUUGGGCCACGAUUUACUGUCAUCUCAUGAAGACUGUUAAGGAUUCUCCAAUAAGAGCUCUUGUUUUAAGGAUAGAAAAAGGUUGUCAUGAAGAAUCUUUUCUCUCUAAUGCUUGAAUUUACGAGGAGCCAGUGAAUGGAGCAGCUGAAACUCAAAAGGACCCUCCUGCCUGUGUCCGAAGUGCCUUUGGACAUGUCUGCUCGGGCACACAAUAGACCUGUGCUGCUUAUGGAGACCGCCUCCCACCUGGCACCUCCGCAGACUGAAAGGAUGGCUAAAAUGUAUAAUUGGAUUAACUUGAUGCGACUUGGUGUACUGCGCACAUCUCGCCUGAAGUGGAAGCUUGUUUGCAGAGUUGUACAUGCUGACUGCAGCACUCACUACCUAACAAAACAACCAGAGCUAUGGAGUAGUUGUGCCAUAGACACAGGCUGGUCUUUUAUUUAAAAAGGCAACAAGUCCAUUUUAUGUAUUAUUUUUUUGUUCCCAUUCUUCUUGUUCAAUCACUGCUCUGUUGUAGCUGUAAUUUCCCCAGAAAACAUUGCUCUCACUUAAGCUUAUUUGGUGGUUGCUUCUGUCUCCGUUUGAGCUGAAACAGUAGGUUUGUAAGCUAGGCAACAUUAUGUUUUGAUUUCAUGCCUUGCUUUGUGUCUAGUAGCAUGCCACGUUUGUAUCUUUAAUUGCUAGAUUUGAAAUCUGUAGAUUUGGGGAACUUCAUACCGGCUGGUUUUUUGUGUGUGCACUGACAGCCAACUGUCACUACACAAGAGGAAGGAUCUUAACCUUUGGGCUUUGUAUUGGACUGUUGGGAGCUUGUUACCACCUCCAUUGUACCACUUCCUGCCACUUUAUAAGUUCGUUCUUUGAUGAUAAUGUUUGAUUUUUUUUUUUUUGAGCUCCAGAGGAAGCACUUACUGUAUUUGUCUAUUGCAUUAUUGCUGCUACUAUCAGCAUGUCUGGGCCUUCUUCCCAGGUUGUCAUGUUAAUAAAUAUUAGUUUACUAAACCCUCAA